CGCAACGGCCGUUCGGGGCAGCCAUUCUCGUGUCAGCUUCCGAACCGAAUGGACGCAGUUGUGGUCCGCAGCCGCGUAAAAGUCGCCGGGCGGGCAGCCAGCCGUGAAAUAGUUCACCCCACACCACAGCCACAGCGAGCCCCGAUUGUGCUAGGAAAUAAUAAUCUACGAGGAAGUUGCAGUUGAGAGUUCGUCGCCAUCGUUGUCGCCGCCAUCUUUCAAACGAACGCUUUGCAGAAGUUAACCCUGAGACGACGACACACCACCGUACCGGAAGCUUCCAUUCGUGAAACAAAAGAAGGAGAAGAAAAAAAAACACCCCAACCCCAAGUGCGCUUUGCGUGCGUGCGUGUGUGUGUGUGUGCGUGUGUGUCUAGCACUCGAUGUCCAAGUGUGCCUUGCUGUUGUGUGAUGCGGGGAGUCCGAAUUAUUCUUAACCUAAUAGGUGGCCCGAAGUAGUCGGUCGCGUCGUUUGCGGUGGGUGUAUGUGCCCUUGAGUGACGGGGUUGCAUACAUGUGUGUGAAUAACGGGACGUACGUAUAUACAUAUAGGUGUGCAUAUAGCGUGUGAGAGCGCGUGUGUGGUGGAAGGCUCCAAAUCGCGGCGGACAGACAAAAACAUUGCGUGUGAGCGUGUGUCGACGAGUGGUGCCGCGAGUUCUCUGUGUCGCUCUCGGUGUGUGUGUGUGCCUGUGUCGAUUGUGUGCAGAGUGUACGUGUGCCCCGUGGCCGCCGCCGAGUGGUUUCCUGGAGCCGCGCGCGAUGCAGCUGCCGGAGGGUUUCUCCCACGUUGGCGACGGGCGUCUGAGCAUCGAUGAGGAACAACUGCGGAACCUGAAGGCGCCGAGGGACAUUGCCGAGGUAUACCAGGUUGCAGACACCUGGAUUGCCAAGGGUAUGUACGGGAUAGUGCGGUCCGCCGUAUCGAAGCAGACGGGCAUUAGCUAUGCAGCCAAAUAUCUACGGCGGCGCCGACGGGGCCAAUGUUGCCUGAGCGAAAUCAAUCACGAAAUCGCGGUGCUGAGGCUGUGCGCCGACUCCGAUCAUGUGGUAAAGCUACAGGCUGUGUACGAAACACGAUCCGAGAUCGCGCUCAUACUGGAGCUUGCAACCGGUGGCGAACUGCAGACACUAAUCGACGAGCAGGGCAAUCUGUCGGAGCAGAAGACGCGCGUCUGUAUGCGCGAAAUUUUGCGCGCCCUGCAGCACAUGCACAAAAAAUCGAUCGCACAUCUCGACCUGAAACCACAAAACAUUCUCCUGGCAGGGAAAACCGUUGACGAUGGUCUAAAGCUGUGCGACUUUGGCAUUGCUCGGUACAUUGCGGAAAAGAACAAAAUCUACGAGAUCGUCGGUACACCCGACUACGUGGCGCCGGAGGUGUUGCACUACGAUCCGCUCUCGCUGCAGACGGACAUCUGGUCGAUCGGCGUGGUGGCCUACGUCCUGCUGACCGGACUGUCACCGUUCGGCGGCGACAGCAAGCAGGAAACGUUCCUGAACGUUACCAAAUGCUCGCUCACCUUUCCGGACGAACUGUUUGGCGGAAUAUCGAGCGACGCGAUCGACUUCAUCAAGAGUGUGCUAAGAAUUAAGCCAAAGGAUCGACUCACUGUCGACGAAUGUCUCGAGCAUCGUUGGUUGAAGGAGGAUGUGGUAUGCUUGAGAGAGGAGAUGCUUGCCGCCCGUGCCGCAGCGGCACUCAACAAGCCCGAGACAAAAGCUGUGAUGAAAGAGAACGAAGGUGUGGGCAAUGGAGAAGGUGGAAGUAGCAAUGCGGCUGUGGUAGCAAACGGCAAUGGUUACAGCAGUAACGUCGAACCGCCGGUCCGAUUGCACGACGCUAAUGGGUGCCAGAAAGUGUUCGCGGUAGUGGUAGAAUGCAGCAGCACCAACACUGCCGCCGGCGCUGCAUCGGGCGAAGAGGAAUGGUGCGAAACGGCGGGCGGUGGAGGCGGAGGAGGAAAAGGGCGUAAAACAUCGCCACCGUUUGCGGGUGGUGAGCUGAAGCCGGUAGUACAGACGGCCGGCAGUGCUGGCCAGCGCGAUAUAACGACGAUUGCGGAGGAAAACAAGGAAAACGUUAUAGUCGUUGGUGGUGGCGGUUUAGUAUCGUCGCGUUCACUCUUUCCGGACGCGCCCACCACACCGAAGGUGAGCAGAAAGGCACUGCCGGUGGAACCGCUGAUCGAUGGGCAUCUUUAUCCCCAUCACCAUCAUCAUCACCACCACCAUCAUCACCAUCACCACCCUAACAACAACAACAACAACAAUCAAUAUCAACAUCAAAGUCAACAACAACACCAUCUGCAUCAUAGUUAUGCACCGGCGCACCAUGUGCUUAAUCACAACCACCACCAACACAACCACCACCCCCAUCAGCUGCAUACUGUUGCUGCCGCGUGCCAGGUUGCAGGCAGCACCGGCGGUAGCAAUAGUUUACCAUUGCCGAACGGUGCCGUGAUUUGCUCGCCGACCACGUGUGUGAAGAAACAUGUACAAAAGAUGCGCAUUCAAUCGCCUGUGGCGCAGCUGGAUAGUAGUAGUAGUAGUAGUAGUAGUAGUAGUAGUAGUAGUGAGGAUACGACGAAGACCGUGCCGUCCGCCAAGCCUUGCGAGGUUGAGCCCGAUGGUGUGAGCAUCGACGGUAGCAUCGGUAUCCUUGCAACGAUGAACGACACCAUGAAUCAUGUGGCUGUCCCCGAUGAGGUAGCGUGCGCCUCGCUACCCUGCUCCAACGAAACUACCAACGCCGCCACCACCUCCUUCUGCCCUCCCGCGACCACCGUCACGUCGCCGGCGACAGUCGGCAGCUGUGGCAGUAGUGCGCACUGUACGCUUCACUGUAUCGAACCGGUAAGCAGUGGCGGUGUAGCGGACAGCAGCAUACACGUAGCAGCAGCGACCAACGGUCACAGCAAGCCGCUUCAACCGAGCGACAAGGAUGCCAUUAUCUGUUGAGAGAUACCGGAACACGAGCACGGGAACGUCGUGAGCCCCGGCCCAAGCAUUGAGAUGUGUUGGAGAACACUGAUAAGUAUACUACAAAAUAAUAAGUAGAAGUAGUUUUGUUGAUGGGGGUCACCCAGGGCGGGGAGGACACCCUACAUAUGCAUAUAUAUACAUACACAUAUUAUCUAUAUAUACAUAUUACAUUCUAAAAUGCGCGCGUGCAUGAUGUAAACGGUACAACACCGUUUUACAAUUACGCGCAUAUUAUAUACAACCCCCACCCCGAUAUUUUUAGUAACCGAGUUUGGUUGAGCCAAAUUGUGGGUGGGUUUGGGAGGAGGGGGUGGGUGUACUUACAAACACGAAGUAAGAGACAGCGAGAGCCGCCAAUUUGCUAAUAAAUGCUGCCAAAAUUGUUUGCGAAAAAAAAAACAAAACGAAAACUAUACGCUUCUGAAGCGUUUCUGGCACAUGAUGGCGGAGAGGCGAUUUGAACGAGUUAUUUCCUCAUUUUUUACCUUUUUUUCAUUUUUCUUUCCCCUUUUUGAACCUUUUUUUUUUUCAAAAGUCGUCGUGGUUACAAUACCAACAAUAUUCUACUGGCUAGAGUUUCGAACGAACGAUUUUGUACAAAUUUCACCUGCUUUUUUGCCUCGUUUUUUGUUGUUGUUGGCCAUAUUAUCGCAAAAUGGGGAAACGAAAUCGCCACUCCUAAUGGGGGGGGGGGGGGGGGGGGGGGGAGAAAGGAAGGAGGAUCGUGGGAGGAUGAGUCGUCGGCGAGGGUGUUGUUAGGGAUGAAGGGAUCUUAUGUGGAACGCACUGUUGAAGUGGUUUUCUUUUGCCUGUUUCGAGAAUAUACACCCACACACACACACAUCAUACUCACAACACAAACGAGCCAAGGGAAUAAUAAUAUUAAUCAUAUAGAAAGAUAGGAAAAUGUGAGCAGGAAAAGCAAGUUAAAUAGUAAAACUUAAUAAUGCCUUAUUUAAAAGAAAAGAAGACGACACAAUAACACCGAAGUAAAACUGAAGUGAUUGGAGGAAUUUGCUUCCUUCCGCCUAUACAGUCAACCCAGCGCAUACACACGCAUGCACACACACGAGUUAAUUGAGCGAAUUGGAUCCUUGCGAUGCAAUUAGAACAUAAGAUUUGUAGCUUUUUCCUUCCUUUGGGUGUUAUUAACGAACAUAAUUUCAUUUGAGUAAAAAUUGAUUCGAUAUCAAAAUCGAUAUCGAGAGCAAGAAAAGGCCAAAAAAUCCUUCCGAUUAUGCGAUGUGAUACUUGCAAGGGUUGACUGUAAUAGAGGAAACAGGCGUAAUACAUGUGAGAUAGAGAGAGAGGGAGAGAGAGAGAGCCAUAGGAAUGCAUUAGGAGGUAUAAGAUUGGCAAAAGAAAAACGAACUCAAUUAGAUAUACUACUUUCGCGAAGAGAUUUUUAAUUUCUUGCAAAGAAACAUUAAAAGACAACUUAUACACACACACACACACACAGGCAUCCGUUUGAUGAAUGCAACGCUGUACCUAAUAGGUAAAUAACAAUUGCGCUGCAAUGAAAAAACAAGCAAAAAUCUAAUCAAAAGUAAGGAAAGAAAAGGAAAAGACACACACACACUGUUGCAUGCUCUGUUUUUUGUUUGUUUGCCAUGAUGUGCCUAUUAGGAAAAACAGGAUUAGAUAAAGGGAUAAGAAGAAGCACAGCACAGGGCUAGUAGGAGAAGGUGGAAGGAACCCCUUUACUGAGUGCCAACCAAGCUAAAUUUGUGGAAAGUGGGUGUCCCUUUUUGUUAAGUGUAGAAGCUUUGUUUGCAUUUAAUUUUUAACACCCGUUUUUUUAUUAUUCUUGCUCUAAAAUUUCCACCUUAACUCCUUUUAUCCAUUCCGAGGUUUUUUUUAAACGACUUUUUGUUCGGUUGUGUGUCUUUUUAGGUAGGCGAAUGUUGUUUUAUAGUAGUUAGUAGUAGUUGCAUUAUUUAAAAAACAGGAACAACACAUGGUGCGUUUAAGAAGGCAAUUUGGGGGGGGGGAUGGAAAUUGAGUGAGAAUCUUUUACCAUACGGUUACACAGGAGGGGAUGACACAGAUGAAUCGAGUUGUUGAGAUUUUUUAUUUGAUUGAAACACACACAAUACAACGGUUGGGGAUGAACCGAACCGGUUAGUGAGUGUGUGUGUGAGUGUGCGCGAUUUUUUUUUGUUGCAUUUCGUGACCUUAUUCUUGCUCGUCCUGCCUCUGGGAAUUGAUGCAUUUCCUUUCGUGUUUUUUUUCUCCCUAACUUGGCUUACUCAUUUACACACGACCAAUACACAUACCCACACGUCUACACUGUAUUUUACCGCUGUAUUAGCUCUACGCUGUUGCCUCAGAUCUGUUGUUGUUGGGUGGAUGCCAUAUUUGCCAUUUUAGUUCGUUCUUCUCCAUCAAACAAAAAAUUCUACUCUUACUUGCACCUAACCUCAAUACUGUGAACUUCUACUUACUAACCGGUUUGAAUGAAAAUUCAAACAUUUUUCCACCGUUGUUUAGUUUCCUUUUUUUUAAUUUGUUUGCCUAAGCGCCAACUCGGGUGGGAGUUCCCCCUCUCCAACCAAGAAAAGGUGCCAAGGACGAACAGAGAAGUGUUUUUCUUUAAUUUUAUUCUUUUAUUUUAUUUUAUAAUUUUAUUUUAUUUUCACAUGGGGGGGUUUUCUGAGAACAAAAAAACGAGGGAAGGACACCCCAUUUUGCCAAAAGAAACAAUCAAAUAAUAAUUGAGCACACGACGAAGCGGGGCACCCCGUGAGCAAGAGGGGAGGACACACACACACACCGUUUUAUCGGUGUUUUUUUUUUAAAUGUGCUGCGUGUGUGUGUGUGUGGUUGUUUUUAGGUUGUAUGUAUGCUCAUUUGCACAAAAGUAACAUUGAUCCCAAAGAGAGGAGUAACACUGAGGAAAAGAAAAAGACGGGAAACACACCCACACACACAAACGGAAGUAGAACUUGUUCAAGUUUUCUGGGUUUUUUGUUUUGUUGUUGUUCCGAGCCAACAAAAUAAGCGCGAGUCUAAUUUAAAAUGUUUACCACAAAACAGCAGCGUACAUAUAUAGUAGCAUCGUUUUGUGUCCAGUUUGCAUCUUGGUGUAUUGAACAUAAGAAAGGCGCACAUGCUUGGGUGCUAUAGCCGCGGCCAGUACAGAAUUAGGGUGAGAGAGAGAAAAGAAAGAAACGGAAGGAGGUCACGUGCACGUUGGACGCCAUUUCUGGUGUUCCCGGUGAUCCCAGCAGUAAGCAUUCUUGGCAUUGUAAACUGUCCCGGCUAUAAAUCCUUUGGGUGCCUUUGAUUUUUUAUGUUGAACACACACAUGGUUGGUGGACGCAUUCAAUUGUUGUUCGGUUUGUGUGAACGGGAUUGAGCGAGCGUAUGGAUAGAAGAGCAAAUAUCUUUUAGCCUAUAUCCUAAGUUAUUCCGCCCACCCCCCCUCUUAUUCCCGUAAUGUAAAUAAAUAUUAACAACACCAAA